AUGAGGAUCUCAAGUCUCGGUCUCUGCGUGCUUUUGCCUGUUGUUACUGCAUAUUCCAACCAAGUGCCACUUGGUGAAUAUCUCCCAGAAACGACGCAAUCACCAGACUACUACCAGUUCAAAUGGCCCAUCCGGAGAGUCGCUAUCAUUGGUGCGGGCGUUGGAGGUCUCAUCGCGUAUCGCGAGCUCACUGAGACGGGAUACGACGUACACUUGUAUGAACGUGAUGAUUCGCCUGGCGGAAACUGGCACUACUCAGAAGAAACACCCGUCGACACCCCAAUCCCGAGCGUUGAUGUUACGAUUGGCGAUUAUGUGCCGUCGCUCCCGCCAAGAGGUGCUGCCCUUCCGUAUGUUGAGGAGUACGACGACCCUGUGGAGAAUGAAAGCCGAAAGCGAGCUCAUCGAGCACCGAAGCCUAUCUGGGAUAGUUUGACUUCUAACGCUCCUGCGCCUGUCCAACAAAUCCGCGAGCUCCCUUGGCCUGCUGGAACGCCUUGGGCUCUUCCUAACCGCAAAUUACAGCGAUAUCUGCGCGCUUUUGCUUCGUGGCAUGGCCUGAACAAUAACGACAACAAUCCGAAUGUCUCGUAUAACACACGCGUCGAGUUGAUAGAGAAGCGCUACGAUGCCGACGGCAAGGAGGCAGGUUGGUCGCUGACCCUCAAGGAGCUUAUAAGCACCAAUAACAACAAGCUCCGGGCGACUUGGGUUAACGAGGACUUUGACGCCGUCGUGAUCGCUACUGGACGAUACAAUGCUCCGAACGUGCCCAAGAUACCGGGUCUGAAGGAAUUGGCAGAACGUUUUCCUGAGUAUCUCGUUCAUUCUCGCCAAUACCGUGUACCAGAACCGUACCAAGAUCAGACUGUCCUCAUUGUCGGAGCAGGAACGAGCGGUGGCGAGAUUGCUCGCGACAUUAUCAAGCAUGCGAAGAAGGUGUACCAAUCGAUCCGUCCGGAGACUUUCCCAAUUCCUGAACGCCCUCAAGGCAUAUUCCUGAGUCGUAUCCCUCACAAUGUCAGCAUUGUUGGAGAGAUCAAACAGUUUAUCACGAAGGGUUCGCAGCUCAGUGAAGGCCUCGUUGAGCUUUCGAAUGGCACCGUUCUUACUGGAAUAGAUCGAAUAAUCUUCGCGACCGGUUAUCGCUACACAUACCCCUUCCUACCUCAAUACCAUAACUCGUCCCUUGGAAUAAAUGACCACGCCGCGCCGGGUGAAGCCCAACCAAUCGUGACCGAUGGUACCCACCUGCGCUCUCUAUAUCUCGACGCGUUCUACAUCCCCGAUCCCACUCUCACGUUUAUCAACGCUAAUUUUGGGAUGCAAUCCUUCACCUACGCCGAGUUUCUGUCCUUGGCCAUCGCGAAGAUUUGGAGCGGCAAGGCCGACUUCCCAUCUACGGCCACGCUCUGGAAGAAGUACGCCGAGGUGUACAAGGAGCGGAGAGGAUAUGGCCGGCACUUCCAAUUUCUAGGUGCUGUGAGGACGCGGGAAGGCCUUCGUUUCUUCCAAGGCUGGCUCAACGACGCCGCUGUCAAGUAUGGCGGUAAACAGAUCGACGGUCUACCCAAAGACACCGCCGAAGUCAGUGCUGUAUGGAUUAGAGCACGUUUUGGCGCCAAUGGUAACUACGGCAUAAAUGCCGUUGACGUUGGGCGCCUCUCCGCAGCCGGCUUCAAUACGACCGGCUUCGAGGACGUUUCGAUUGAUGGGACGGAAAGUUGGGCACAGGAUCUCGUGUACAAUGACUACUGGUAG